UUACGUCAUUUCCCGAAACUGUCUUCUGCGGAAGUGUAUGAAAGAAGAAAACAAAUAGGGGAUUUAAAAGCAGUAAAGAAUUAUCGAAAAAAACAUUGCUUUGGAACUCUGAGAUUGUUAUUGUUUGGAAACUAACUGCCUUAAAAUACACUUCACUCAAGAUGGACUUCCUAUUUGGGAAAAGGAAGACUCCGGAGGAGAUGCUAAGGCAGAAUCAGAGAGCCCUGAAUCGUGCCAUGAGAGACCUGGAUAAAGAACGCCAGAGAUUGGAGCAGCAGGAGAAGAAAAUCAUUGCUGAUAUUAAGAAAAUGGCCAAACAGGGACAGAUGGAUGCUGUCAAGAUAAUGGCUAAGGACUUGGUUCGCACAAGGCGAUAUGUUAAGAAAUUUAUCAUGAUGAGGGCAAAUAUCCAGGCAGUCAGUUUAAAGAUCCAGACACUCAAAUCAAACAACAGUAUGGCCCAGGCAAUGAAAGGGGUCACCAAAGCCAUGGCAACCAUGAACAGACAGUUGAAGCUGCCACAGAUUCAAAAGAUCAUGAUGGAUUUCGAACGACAGAGUGAAAUAAUGGACAUGAAGGAAGAGAUGAUGAAUGACGCUAUAGACGAUGCUAUGGGUGACGAGGACGACGAGGAUGAAACUGACGCUGUUGUGUCUCAAGUCCUGGAUGAACUGGGCCUCAAUCUGUCCGACGAACUUUCAAAUCUGCCAGCCACUGGAGGUAGCUUAUCAGCCGCAGGUGCAAAGAAAGCAGAGCCCCAGGCUGCUCUGGCAGAUGCAGACGCUGAUCUGGAGGAGAGACUCAACAACCUCAGAAGAGACUGAGAAUGGAACGGGUGACAGAGACCAGCACCAGGCUGGAGUGUCAAUACAGGUCCAGAAGUAUACUCAGAUUUUGUGUAUCUCUAUCAUUUCUUUGGGAAGGGAGUUGGAGCACCACUGAAAGGGUUCAGUAAGAAAUCUGUUGUUAAGGUGUAUGGCUUUUUUUGUUUUUUCAUUGUUUUAUUACUUGUGUGUAGUAUGUAUAUUUUAUCAACAAAUACAUUAUGCAUACCUGAUUGUA